UGCUACGGGUUGGGUAAACAGAGCACCAUCCACCCCUUAUCCAUUUAUCAUAUAAAAAAAGGUGGGGAGGGGGAUAAAAUAAAAUAAAAAUUGAGAUACAAUUUAAAACACAAUACACACACAAUACAGUUUGAAAUACAAUAUAUAUAUACACACAUGCACACACAAACAAAACGUUUUUGAAUGGCCGUUGACUACGCUGUAGUUCUUCCGCCCUUUGACGGGUCUUAUUUUUUUGUCCUGCAAGGUGUCCCACAAUCAUAUUCCUCACCAAGUACGCUAGGUGAGGUUGCCGGUUUAGUCGCGACGACCCAACUAUGUAACAGGAUUACUUGGUACCAGUAGUGCUCAAGAGCGACCUAACACACACACAUACAUGUAUGUAUAUAUAUAAAUUUAUGCUAUGUGUGUGUGUCCUAUAUAUAUUGGGAUUGUUUAUUCGUUUCGGCUGUGACAAUUUGCUGGACAUUUCACAUUUUACUUGUGUCGUGCAAAUCUUUUAACAAAUACGUACAAUUAAUACUGUGAUACUUCAACAAAAGUACCUUUACGAGAAGAUGUAUAACCUGUCAAAUCACAAAACCUCUUCCUUGAACAACCGAUUCCAAGACUAUGUGGAACGGCGCCUUACAAAGCUUCAUUACCAAGGUUGUCCUCCUUUUGAUGGAAUAAAAAAGAAAGCUCUUCCUUUCAUAUUUGCAGUAAUAUUUAUAAUUCUGAUCCCUUUUCUACAUAUUGCUGUCUUCUACAAAUUAAUCUGGGUACCAGAUAAAGCUCCUGUUGAUCGUUCUGGCUGCACUUGUUCCUGUUUUGACACCGUCUUCCGUGGUGCCUAUGAAAACCAAGGAAUCAUUUUGUACAAACACAUCUACUUCAACGCAACGCCACAGACAUUCGGAGUUUGGAUUUUCACUGUAUUCUUUGUAGCAAUAACAUACGAAAGUGUAAAAUACAUAUACAGCUUAAUAUUUUCUCGGAUACAUGUCCGCUGGGUGAUGUUCAGUCUGUUUGUCAUAAACAUCUAUCCUCAUUAUUAUUCAUGGUGGUCCAUAUUUAACUACUUCAACGAAGAUUUUUAUCCAUACUUCUACCACCACAUCUACUUCAUGAUCACCGAAAUGAUUGUUACUGCAAUAGUCCUAAACAUGUGUGACUCUCGCAAUUCCGUCACCUUCAAGAAGAUAUUUUUCAUCAUUUGCAUUAGCACAAUACACAUCUUGCUCAGUGGAAUGGACCAAUUCAUAACACAUGUAAUCUAUGCACAUGGACGAACAUUCCAAAAUGUACGAAAUGUUGCUUUAAUGAUUCCUGAUUUAGCCCACUUCCUGGUGAGUUGUUGGAAACUGGUAGAGUUAUAUCGUUCCAAUGACUUGCCAGUCUCAGAAUAUGGCUAUAAAGAAGGUGUAGGGUUAGCAUUUGUAUUUAUUUCCGUUGGGACAGUGUUUGGGAAAUUUCUCUGAGAAAUAUCAGGUAUUAUGGAAAAAUUUCAAUCAUAUAUAUUACUGAACUAUUAGCACCAAGCAGUGUUUCAGCAUAAACAAAGUUUAGGUUGGUUAAAAUACAUUUGUGAUAUAUUUCAACUGCUAAAAGACAAAUUCAAUGCAGCUACCAUAGAGAAAAUUUUUCUCUUCAGUUGAAGAUCACCUUUUUAUCAUAAGACAAAAAUUUUCUCUAUCGCAUCUGUAGUGGAUUUACCUUUUAGCAGUUGAAAUAGGUCACAAACACAUUUUAACUAACCUAAACUUUGCUUAUAUAUAUAUAUAUAUAUCAUCAUCAUCGUUUAACGUCCGCUUUCCAUGCUAGCAUGGGUUGGAUGAUUUAACUGAGGACUGGUGCAACCGGAUGGCUACAUCAGGCUCCAAUCUAAUUUGGCAGAGUUUCUACAACUGGAUGCCCUUCCUAACGCCAACCACUCAGAGAGUGUAGUGGGUGCUUUUACGUGUCACCCGCACGAAAACGGAUAUAUAUAUAUAUAUUAAAAAUUUAUGGGUUAGAGGUUAUGCAACUGUCUAAGAGAUAAAUGUAUCCGUAGGCACUACUGGUGUAUUACCUAUGUAUAGGCCUUGCUAUAGGGUUAACAGUAGUUGGUAAUUUAAAUGGUAAAACCAUGGUUUAAUAUAUUCAGAUAAGGGAAGAAAUGGAGCUACAAUUAACAUUUAGAAGUUGAUCAUUGGUAUUGAAUGGUAAUAGUUUAAUUAUAGUUAAAAUAACAUUGUUAAUUGUUGCUCCAUUUUUUAAAUCUGUAUAUAUAUAUAUAUAUCAUAAGAACUGACACAAGUAGUGGUGACCCUUAAGGUUCAUGGUAGUACAGACAGUGGAUAUAAAAUGAUAGUGAUGAUGCAUAAGAAGCUAGCAGCAUGUUAGAAUUUCUUCUUUGUGUGUGUAUUUCAUUCUGUAUCUCACUGCUUUUUUUCCAUCUGGGGUUUUAGUCAUCUGAAAUUUUAAAGAGCUAUAAUGUCAUCAUCUCUAUACAAACUGCUCAAACCAUAAAGUAUUCAGUAGUCCUUCAGUUUAAUGUUCAAUUGUUUUUGUAUAUAACUUGACGUAAAAAGAAACAUUUAUAUACCGUAUAUUUCUGCAUAUAAGACUAGCUUUAAAUUCAAAAAUUUACCCGAGAAUUUUGGCGUUGUCUUAAACCACCAUUCUAAAAAUCAAACUUCAAAUUUUAAGUAAUUUUAUAAGUAAGCUAACCUUGACCUUAGAGCGAUAACCACAGACAUACGUGAAUAGAUUAACAAAAUAAAAACAAAUAAUAUAGGUAAUAAAAGCAUUUUUUAUAUUAUUGGCAUACCUUUACAAUAAAUAGCCUGUUUGAGAGAUAAUUCUCUGUCAUUGAAAUCAACUUUUAUCUAUGCAAGCUCGGCUGAGAAAAUGUAAACAUUGAGUUUUGGUUGCACUCACAGUAACCUUUAUCAUUUGCUAACCUUUCAAAAAUUUCAAUGAUAAUGUAUAACUGUAGUAAUAACAUAUUUAUAUUUUUCAUAAAAUAUCUAUUCUCAUUUGGUGGUAAAUAACACAAUUUGGAUUACACACAACCUUUAUUUUUCAAUAAAAUUAUUUUACAGUUGUUGCAUUUAAAACAUAAGACAUUAUAAAUUUUUUAAAAUUUCCUAUCAAGAUAAUUAAUAUUAAUAAAACAUCAAACCUGCCACAUCAAACACCUCACAAUCAUCAGUAUCUGUUUCUAAAAGUUUCAUCACAUAUGCCAUCAUCAUAAGGAUUCCAGUCUGGUUCUGGUGAACUGACUUCGACUUCAUCGCUAUUGUACAGAAUAUCAUCUUCAGUACCAUCCAUGGCAUUAGAGACACUGCAUUUUUUAAAUGAUUUUAUCACAUUUUCUACUUUAACUUUGUCCCAUGCCUUUAUAACAAAAUCACAGAACAUUGAGGCAGCAUGCAUAGCUCCACCUUUUGUACAAGAUUUUUCUCCAUUCAUCAUCCAGACAUUCCAUUGGUUGCUCUCACAUUAUCUUUAAAUGGUUUAUUUAAACUGACAUCAAGUGGCUGCAGUAUAGGAAUCAAACCAUCAGGAAUAACAGCAAUAUCAAUAUUGUUCCGGAUAACCGGGUUUUAGUAUUUGCCGUUAAGUGGCUGCAAAACAUAUCUCAAAACCAAUAAACUGCGCUGGUUUCGUAUGCCACCUCGCCCCGUUCUAAAUAUUCUCAAGCUGUAAUUUCGCACCACUCUUUCUCGUGAAAAUGAACAAAAACGCCAGGAGGAAAAUGUAUUUUGGGCUUUGUUUUAUGUUUAAAAAUAACCAUAGGUUUUAAUUUUGUACCAUCAGCCAUGCAG